AUGGACCUGAGAUGGUUACAGGAUGAAGAUAACAUAACAACUGCGGAUUAAUGCGAUCACUUUAAUGCAUCCUUCAUUAGUUCUCCAAACAGAUCAUAAUUAGGAAAAACAAUGAAAAAUUAAUACACCGCAGUUGAAUUUGCUGAUACUUUAGGGAAAAUAUUCUAAGCUAUAAAAGAGAAUAAUUUGGAGAGAAUAUAAGGUUUGGUAAAUACUCACAAGAGUAGAUCAUAUAAUUUAGGAGGAGAUCCUGAAUUUAAGUGGGACAUCAUUAAUGAUUUGAGUCUUAAUUGGUCUCCACUUCACCAUUCUAUCUUUUUAGGUUGCGAUGCUAUAUUUUUGUGGUUUUUGAGCGAAGGAGGUGAUAUCACAUCAAUUACAUAUGAUGGAUACUCAGCUUUGACGUUGGCUGUUUUAUCAAGAAAUGAAUUAAUGGUCAAUUUAUUAAUUGCAUAGCCAAAUCUUAACAUUAAUCAUGUCUCAAGAAAGGGAUCCGCUUUGCAUAUUGCAAUUCAAUUAAAUCAAAUUACAAUUUUGUAGUUAUUAUUAUAACAUCCCACCCUUAACCUAAACAUAUACAAUGAUCAAUUACAAUAACCUAUUGAUGUUGCCACUGGAAAAGCAAAAUCGAUGUUAGAGAAAGAAUUAUAACUGAGAACUACUAUUAAUUAAAAUUAACCAAAGGACUAAAUUUCCAUAUUGAGUUCAAAGGAUAUUCCAUUAAACACAUUAGAUACCUUUAUUAUCAAUAGACCUUAGAAGCCUCCUGUAUACAAAGGAUAUAUUGAGAAGUUGCAUUUUUCACAUCUAUAUUCCUAUUAGAGAUACAUCGUUAUUGAUCCAGAUACUGGAGUUUUGGUCAGAUACUAAAACAAAGAGGAUUGUCCUCUAAAUCCAAAAGAAACUAUACCUCUUUAAAAUAUAUUUAAUCUCUAGAUAAUUGUCAAAGAGAGACUGUUUACAGACAAUUCGUUUUAAUUAUUAAUUGAAUACAAUUAGAAAAAGAUGUAUUUUAUAUUUUCAUCAUAAAAAAUGGCAUAAAUAUGGUAUGAUUCGAUUAAAGCUGCUUUGGGAUAUACAAUUUAUGUUAAAUUUAAAUUAGAUUAAUACAGUGAAAAGAAAGAAGUGAAGAAAGUAUUUAAUUAAGUCAACACCAUAUUAUUAGAUAUGAAUAAUUAGUCAAUAGAGAUUGAUAAAUAAGCAAAUCAAAAUUAAUAGAAAGAAGAACAAAUUGAAUUUCAAUAAAAAUAGGAAAAACAAUUAUUUAAUAAUCUAAAAUUUUCAGAUUUCUAGAUUGCAGAAAUUCUCUAGAAAGGAUCUCUUGGCAGAAUUUACAAAGCAACAUAUUUAAAAGAUAACAAAAUAUAUGUUUUAAAAUAAUAAAACAAAGAGUAACUUAGAAAGUGUUCUUAACUUGAAAAUGCAAUAGAUAAAGUAAAGAUGCUGAGAGAGAUAUCUCAUCCAUUUCUUGUUAACAUCAAAGGGUUAUUCUAAACAAAAGAAAAUAUUUACUAUUAAAUGAAAUAUUAUGAUUAUGGUGACCUAUCCCAAUAUAUUGGAUAAGGUAAUGUUUUAUCUGAGAAUGUUGCUAAAAUUUUGAUUGCUCAAAUAAUUGCAGCUAUUGAAUAUUUGCACUCCCAAAACAUUGUAUAUGGAGAUUUGAAGCCAAACAAUGUAAUGGUUGAUAAAAAUGGAUUCUUGAAAUUGGCUUAUUUAGGACUCAAUAAUGAUAUAUUAAAAGAUAAGAUUGCCUUAUUUUUUUAUAGAUUUAUUGCAUAUUUGGCACCAGAAAUCAUAAAAGGAGAAAGUGUAACCUAAUCUGUUGAUGUUUAUGGUAUAGGAGUCUUGCUAUAUGAAAUGUUAACUGGAUAUCCUCCUCAUUUGAUAUAAAAUUUUGAAUUAAUGCUCCAAAGAAUAUAACAUUGUCCUAUUAAUUAUGAUACUAUCAAAUCAAAGAUGGCUGUCAAAAUAUUAAAGAAAAUGCUUCAAAAGGAUUAAACAAGUCGUCCAAGUCUGAGGGAAAUAAAGAAUCAUGUAUUUUUUGCAGAUAUUAAUUGGAAUAAGCUACUCAUGAAAAAUAUGCUUCCACCAAAAUUAAUAAAAAUAAAUAGAGAGCAACUCAUAUCAGAACAACAAAUUUCGGAAAUUAUAAUUGAUCAUGACUAUUUGGAUGAAGGAGAAAAACCCAAUUAUGUUGAAAAUUGGAGUUUAUUAUGA